CCAUCUGCACCACACAUCACGAUUACACCUCCAUUCCCUCUCUCUACACACACACAUUCACACAUUUCUCUGUGUGUAUAUCUAUACAUACACCUAUACGUAUAUACAUCUUCCCUUUGAAGAGUACAUAUACACAGACACAAAUGGAGGCCAUGAAGAUGAAGAUGGUAGCAGUUGCAUUGAUGAUCGUCAUGCUCUCCGCCGUCAACGGCGUGUCCGCCGCCGACGCUCCUGCACCCGCCCCGACCUCCGACGCCACCCUCUUCAUCCCCACUUUCUUCGCCUCCUUUGCUGCCAUGGCUUUUGCUCUUCUCUUCUGAAAUAAUUAUUAUGUUGUUCAUCAAUCUUCACUUCUUAUUGAAGUAGAAUUUUUA